AAUCACCUACUAGUUAUUGCCUGUCUUCACCGCUAGAGGACGGCUAGCCAGCAAACAAACGUCGAUAGGACUCUAAAGCCUCGUAGCAGGCGUCCAACUUUCCACAUUAAGAAGAAGAUUUUGUAUUUAGUAAACACUCGCUAUGAUGAAUUAGUAGCGGAGAAAGAGCCUAAUGAGUGCUAGACUCUCCAUAUAAAAAUAGAAGAAGAUGAUAUUAGUAGAAUCAAUAACAAAUACGCUUCGUUGAUUUUCGGAAUACGCUCUACCAUGCAUUUUCCUACUAGAAACAACUUUUAGUGUUAAAUUAAGUGAUUUUUUGAAAAGAAAAAUAUGUUUUGAAAGGAUGUUAUGAAAAUGAUGUUUUUAAAGGAAAAAUAUGAAGAUCCUGUGAAGUUUUGUUCAGGUUUAAUUUUAUUUUGCAAUAUGAUACUUGAAUAGCUUUAAAUGCCAUUAAAAAUGUAAUCGAUUCUACCUGUUUUAUUCACCUGAAUAAGAACUAAAUUCGAAAACGUUUGUGAAAAUAUUUUGAAAUAAACACUGUUUUGGUUUACAGCUGAAAUAUUUACAGACCACUAAGAAGAGAGAAUGUAUAAUUAUUACACAAUUAUUUUAAAGUUUAAAUAAAAAUUUAAUGGCAUACAGACCCCAAGGAUCAUGUCAUCAAAAUUCCAGAAUGCCAUUAGUGAGACCAAUGGAGUCUUGUCCAAGUACCAGAAAUUAUGCUCCUAUUAUGUAUGGUUCCCCACAUAAUUGGAAUGUUGCUUGUCAUCAAUUUCCAGUUCCAAUACCUGCACCUUCUGUGCAGACUAACAUACCAAGUAGAUCAAUGAAUUCAAGAAUGAUAUCUCCUAUUUCUAAUAAUCAGCCAUAUUGGCAAAACAGUAAUAUAAAUUAUGAUGCAAAUUCUCCUUGUUGGCCUUAUCAACAACCAUAUAAUUAUUCUAAUGUUGGUUCUAUUCCAGUUGUUGGAGCUGGAAAUGCUCAUUUAGAUAAUUAUUCAAGAUAUCCAUCUCCUUCACCAUCACCAUCUGUUAUCAGGAAGACAGCUGGUGCAUAUCCUCCUAAUGUUGCUGUGCCUACAGUUAAUAAAUAUCCAGAUAAAUGGAAAGAUGCAGAUAGUUGGUUUCCACCAUUAAAUGAUAAAACAAAACAGGAAAAUACAAAAAUAGAACAGCAUAAAUUAGAUCAUGUAAAUAAAGAAAAGAAAAGUCCAAAAGACAGUGUACAGCAAACUCCAAAUAAAGCUCUUGAUAAACAUGAAAAUUUGUCUGUGAGUAAAGAUAGAGGUACAAGUGAAAGAUAUCGAAGUAGAGAAAGAAGGCAUCAAAGUAGAAGUGUAGAUAAAUAUAAAGCAAGAAGUAGAAGUAGGGAUAGACAAAGUGGAAGAUAUAAAGAAAGGGAUAGAAGCAGAGAUAGGAAGCGAGAUCAUUCUGAUCAUAGAAGUUAUAGAAUGUGUGAAUCUUACAGAUCCAGAAGUAGAAUUAAAGAGAAAAGUAGCAGCAAAAGUAAAGAAUGUCAUAAAAUUCAUCAUUCCAAAAAACAUAGAAUUGAAUCUGUUUCUACUGAUGAUGAGAGUUCUGAUGAUUCUUAUGAUGAUGAUAUUAUUCAAGAUGAUUCGCUUAAACCAGAGAGUAAUGCUUGGAUUCGGAGUUCUCCUGCAGAACUUUAUUAUCAAAAAAAUAGCAAGGAUGUAAAAAUAACUGAAGGUACAGCAAAAUUAAAAGUAUUACAAGAUCGCUUUAGACAUGAGUUAGUGGAAAGAAGUUCAAGAGUUAAAUCAUUGAAAGUUACUUAUGAACCACCGCCAAGAAAAAUUUGCUUAAAACUUCCUAAACCACCAAAUGCCAAACUGAUAAGGCUACCAGCACCUGCAUUAAUUAGUAAGUAAAACUGGUGGCAAUAA